AAAAAAGAAGGAAGAAACGUAUCAUCGCUUAGUUCUGAUGAGGUUGAUGAUAUUUUUAUGAAUUAUUCUAUAUAUCCACAGCAUGGUUAUCGUGUAUAUAAUACGGAGAAUGAAUUUAGAGAGAAAAUUGCUUAUUUCUUAUUUAAUGGUGCAAAAAUUAUCCAACAGGCUUGA